AUGUGUUCCGCCGCUCGUUACAAGAACAACGAUUGCGACUCCGAUGACUCGGGACGUCCCAUCGAGUCCGGCUACCGAUUCAAGAUGACGACCCAUACAGUUACGGGCAUCCGCGAUACGUCGAGGAAGAUUACAGGAUAUGUGACAGGUCCUUAUGAUAUGGAUCAAGCUGAGAAUUCCGUGCUAUCUGUGAACUAG